AUCACCCCGCCCCAUAUCCCGGUUUGGGGGACAUUUGCAGCUGCUCAAAUUGCAGCCGGUUUCCAGGGAGUUAAUCCGGCCCCGAUUACUGCAGCCUUAAUCCCGCGGUUCGUCCCGGAGGAAAGGAGAGAGGCCCGGCCCAGGCGCCGCCGUUCAGCACCACGGGCGCGGACAGCGGCGCGGGGAGGGUACGCCCCGCGGGCUCCUCCGCGGGAUCCCGGCCGAGGGGAGCCCUGCUGAUCACCCCCCAGACCCCCUCACACGGGAAACGCCUCCCGAGGGUUGAUUGAGCCCUCUGGGGUAGGCUGAAACAUCUGUGUGGCGGCACGGAGGAGCCAGAGCUGCCCGAGAGGGAGGGGAGGGCGGACAGCAAAGACGUGGUUUUCUGGCUCUUCUCUCUCCCUGUGCAGCAAAAGGCUUUGUUGAGUCACCACGCCUGGACUGAGGGUCACUUUCUUGCUCCCUGAGGUCAACAGUUAACAUCAGUAGGCCAAGGCUUCUCUUGGGAUUUUUUUAAUCACUUCAUUGCAAUCCUCUUAUUUGAAUAGAAAAAAAACCCACACACUGUAAUUGCACUAUAAGAUCAGAAUCUCACAUCUUUAAGUCUAAUACUACUCUUUACAUAUGGCUGGUGCUGUUUGUUCAAGAACAAAGAUCUUUGAAACUGAACAAUAUACCGUAAUUCAACUCUCAGUGUCUCUCAUUCCCAUCUAACUGAGACUGCUUUAACCCAGGCAGGGAUCAAAAUACCUGAAGGAAGAAAGAGUUGGUCUGCUUUUGCCAGGAGCACAGAGUAAACCUGCUGACAUUUACAAGAUUCAAAGCUAAGUAAAUCAUCAUAGACUUAGGACAAAGUCCUAUUUCUUCCAAGCCACAGCAGCAAUUUACUUCUGGGAACAAAAAGAUAAAGUUGUGUUGAUUCCCCCAUUCUCUACACCUACAUUUGAGGGGUGGGACUACAAUAUAUAAUGUCUUUGUAAACUGUAAAACUGUUUUUCUGGUUUUUUGUUUGUUUAUUUGGGAUGGGGGAGGUUGUUUAGUUUUGUGUGUGUUUUGGUUUGGUUUUUUUCAGUCCCCCAAAUCUACUUUUCAUUCCGCUGGCAGCUGAGGCUUCCCAGUCCGUUGUGUGGAGUCAGCAAGGAACUUGUAUUCUGAAGUACCAAAAAUAAAGCAGAAUUUUCUGAAGAAAUACAGCAGCAAAUUCUCCUGUACAAGAACAGUAAACUGAGCUAAGAUAUCCAGCUCUGCUGCAGAUUGUGAUAUUGUAACAAAUUCAGCUCAUCCAACAUCAUGCACCUUUAUCUACUUGAGAUAGAAAUGGAGAUGAUAAAGUAAGUUAUAGCAGAUUUCCACAUUGCAGGUUACUUUCUCUUUCUGACAAAGCUCUUCCUCCCCUUCAUGGAGAGGUAGCAGAAAUACAGCUCUUCCUCUCUCUUAUGCCUGGUGCUGCUCUUUAGGAAUGGCUGGACAAAGAAGACCUGCAUCCACAGUCCACACUGUCCCUUGCACCUGCCACAGCCACUUUGUGUUUAAGGACCAUUUUGCCUCACAUGAAUGAUUCAGCUAUAUCAGCAUGUUUCUGCCCAGGGGGAGAUGAAGUGCUGAUUUCCCCAGGAUGGUGUGUGAUAAAUUAAACCAAACUUCAGCAUUAAAGAAAAGGAUUGUUUCAGACUUGCACAGUGGAAGGACAAAAGGACCAGCUGAGCUUUGAAGAUGAAAUAGAAACAAUACACAGAAGUGUUAUAGAAGUGGUUGCCUUCAGCUAACAUUGGAUGGAAGUUAUUUUUUCUUUUGACACUGAGUAGCAUAAGUAGUAACGGUAAAUUCUGGAGCCUUUGGCUAGGUGCCACUGUGUUUAGAUUUACAUUUCAUCCCUCCAAAGGCUUUUCAUGCAGAGGGCGCAUCCUCGUUAACCAAGUGAGAGUCCUCUACCUUCCUGCCAGAUUCCACAUUGUUGCCCACUGGGAGCCAGACUUGGAAGGCGGGGUGAAGUGGAAGCACUGAUGCAUUAGAAACCUGUCUCUGAAAUCAUUUGGCAUGCACCAGGCAGCAGCACAGUGCCCUGUUUGUUGUUUUGGUACAGUUCAUGUAUUUGCAGAGCGGGCCCAAUUUCUUGUGACUGAGCACUAAAGUGCUAAUUUAAUUUCCCAGGAUUCCGUCAUCAAGGCUGGCUGUAUUUGAUACGAUGAAGUGUUUUGUCAGGCUGUUGCCUGUGCUGUCAGAGGCAGACAUGUGCUUCUGCACUUCCCUAUCUUUCACUCUUGAAGAGGAAAUGGGCUUGCAAUUAGCAUUCAGAGGAACUUGUGAAAUGACACAGCUGUACUGUAAAAACACCAUCCCACAGACUUUGCUGCCAGAGGAACUCAACAGCCAGCACUGAUAGACCCGAGAGCAGGAUUGUCCAAGCCAUGGAGCGAGAACCGAUGCGCAUAAGGGAGGGCUACUUGGUUAAGAAGGGCAGCAUGUUUAAUACCUGGAAGCCAAUGUGGGUUGUGCUCUUAGAAGAUGGAAUUGAAUUCUACAAGCGGAAGGCUGAUAACAGUCCCAAAGGGAUGAUCCCACUAAAAGGAAGCUCUAUUCACAGCCCAUGCCAAGAUUUUGGCAAAAGAAUGUUUGUCUUCAGGCUCACUGUGGCCAAGCAGCAGGACCAUUUUUUUCAAGCUGCCUACCUGGAGGAGAGAGAUGCCUGGGUGCGGGAUAUCAAGAAAGCAAUUCAUCAUAUAGAUGGAGGCCAAAGGUUUGCCAGAAAAUCCACAAGAAAGUCUAUCAGAUUGCCUGAAACAAUCAAUCUGAGUGCUUUGUAUCUCUCAAUGAAAGAUCCUGAAAAGGGAAUAAAGGAGUUGAAGCUGGAAAAAGAUAAAAGAGUGUUCAAUCACUGCUUUACAGGCACCUGUGUGAUUGACUGGCUGGUGUCCAGCAGCUCCAUCCGAAAUCGCAAAGAAGGUCUCCUGCUUGCCUCUUCCCUCUUGAGUGAAGGCUACCUACAACCUGCUGGGGAUACGUCCAAGGCUGCUGCCGAGGGACUGUCAGACACCAGCUUCUUAGAUCUCAGUGAUGCCUACUAUUACUUUCCAGAUAGUGGAUUUUUCUGUGAGGGAUAUUCCAGUGAUGAUGAUGUGGUCCUAAAAGAAGAAUUCAGAGGCACAAUUGUCAAACAAGGAUGUUUGCUGAAACAGGGACAUCGGAGGAAGAACUGGAAAGUGAGAAAGUUCGUUUUAAGAGAUGAUCCUGCAUAUCUGCACUAUUACGAUCCUGCUGGAGGAGAAGAACCACUGGGAGCAAUUCACUUGAGAGGCUGUGUGGUGACAGCAGUGGAAGAUAUGCCAGACACCAAGAAGUAUGAUGCUGACAACAUCCUCUUUGAAAUCAUCACAGCAAAUGAAAUCCACUAUUACUUGCAAGCAGCCUCAUCCACAGAGCGUACAGAGUGGAUCAAAGCAAUCCAGUCAGUUGCUAGGACUGGUAAAUGAAGAUGAUCUUCUAAUAAGAAGACUAACAAAUUAAAUUAGUUAUUCAAAACAGAAUUUAGCAUUUCACCAAGAGAAAGUAGUAUCAUCCCAAAUGUGUGUUGGGGGGAUGAGGACUGGUUGGAAGUUUCAAUUCUAUAGUGAGUACUAACAAACUAACAUUUUUCCACUUGUGUUAUGGUAAUAUUUUACUAAAUUAUAACAUAGAACAUGCCAUAUUAGUGUUUUGCUUAGAGUAAUCAGUCUAGCUUGAGAAGGUUGUACCUGUUACCACAGCUGAUAGUGGGAAUCUCACCAUUAACAGGGGACAGGGUCAUACCACUGACAGAGAGGACCUCAAUUAAUCACCCUCUUCAACCUGUGAUGUGUUUCAGGAUUUUCGUGUAUUUCAAUCUUCUCCAGACAAGUUUUACACUUUCUUCUUUACCAGAUCUUGUUGCUGCUUGUUCACUUAUACAAAUAAUGCCAUAGAUUUAAGGAAAAAAAGUUAACUCACUUCGAAACCUGAUCCAUUCCUUUAUAAUCUGUCAGCAUUAAGAGAGGAAAGAAUGCAGACAACUAUGGAAACACCAUGUGGAACCAAGUGCAACUCCAUGACAGCAGUAUGAGGAAAAGUCUCUUUCCACAGUAUUUCAAAGACAAAGCAAUCUCGCUUCAAACUCUGUAUCACCCAAUUUUAACUCUUGCUAAAUUUCUCCACAAGAAUCUGCCCUUGGACCAUUGUUUCCCUUUAUUUAGGUCUACAAAGCAGAUGCUGGGUUGUCAGGUACUGUACACUAUUUGAAUUAAGAAUCUUGCAGGAGAGGGGAAAGGAUGCAUGGGUUGCUUGCUUGAACUAUUGAUUGAAGUAGUUUUGAUUAGGUUUUCCUUUUUUAACUUCCAGCACCAUACUCAGUCCUUGAUUCUGUGCCUUAGUAAUAUAAGAGAAACCUUGUGCUUGUAACUGAACUAAAUGUUUUUAUUUAAUAGGGUCAAUUCACCUGAUUAAUCCUUGCAUUUUUUUCUGACCAUAUAUCAAACAAACUUCUAAGUCUUAAACUCUGGAGCUGAAAAUCAAGUUACUGGCAGAUCCUGCAUGUAGACUGUUCCUGGUACAGACUGAUGUUUGAGUGCAAGUAAACUUCAAAACCUUUAAAACUCUGUUCAUAGAUCUCAUAAGGUCCCUUAUCCAUACAAAUUCUUACUGGGAUUUCUUCCAUCUUAAAAUAAAUGCAGAGCUAAAGCUUC